CAUCUCAUGCAGCGUAGUCCCGGAACCUGCUCACUGGAUCGGAUCCCAUGGGCCUCCUCGAUCACUUGUGGGACGACACCGUCGCCGGUCCUCGCCCGGAGAACGGCCUCGGCAAGCUCCGAAAGCACCACACCUUCGCCUUCCGAUCUGGCUCCGCCAAGGAGUCAGAGAGCGGAAGCGUGAAACCCUACGGCGAGGAUACGGCGGAGGACGCGGUGAGAGUGACGCGUAGUAUCAUGAUCGUGAAACCGCCGGGAUACCAGAGCCAGAGUCAGAGUGGAUCGGCUCCGGUUUCCCCCGCCGGUUCGACUCCUCCGGUUUCUCCGUUUUCGGGUAAGGAGGUAGAGAGUCCUUCCGUUUUCGGAGAAGGUCGACAUCAGAUGCGUACGAGAAGACAGGCCAGAACAGACCAAACUCUUCUUCUCCUUUCGAUGUGUGAGAAAUGAGUCUGGUCACUUUCUCCUCUGUGGAAGAUAAUAGUUUGUUUUCCACUGGCCUUUGCUACGCUGUGUCCAUUUUUGUUUAGCUUUUGUACAUAUGAAUGUUUAUGAGUUCAUGAGUUGAGUGGUUGAAGUCCUGGGAUGAUGUGUGGUUUAAAAGCUCAGUGUUAAUUGUUUAGUUUAGUGUUGAAGUGCUUACUAUGGUUCAUAAGCUAGCUGUAAAUAAGUAACAACGCAUAGUAGUGUAGGUGUGUUUUGUUAUGUAUAAGAGCCCUUCUUCCGAGGUUUGUUAAUUAGAAUGUUGGUGUUUGCUUUCAAGCUCUAGCA